CGUCGAAGGUCGAGGAAGCGGUGGAAUGUUACCAACGGGCGGCGAACAUGUUCAAGAUGGCAAAGAAGUGGAGUUCGGCAGGGAAGGCGUUUUAUGACGCGGGGGAGUUACACGCGAAGGCGGGUAGUCGUCACGACGCGGCUAGUAAUUACGUAGACGCUGCCAAUUGCUUCAAGAAGUCUGAUACAAACGAGGCGAUCAGCUGCCUGUUGAAAGCCAUCGAGAUUUAUACCGACAUGGGUCGUUUUACGAUGGCAGCCAAGCAUCAUCAAAGUAUAGCCGAGAUCUACGAAAGCGAGGCGGUCGACCUGGAGCGCGCGGUGCACCACUACGAGCAGGCCGCGGACUAUUUCCGCGGCGAGGAAAGUAACUCCUCCGCGAACAAGUGUCUCCUGAAAGUCGCGCAGUACGCCGCGCAACUUGAGAAUUACGAUAAAGCCAUUCGGAUCUAUGAGCAGGUCGCUUCCGCGGCAUUAGAAAGUUCUUUACUAAAAUACAGCGCCAAGGAUUACUUCUUCCGCGCUGCGUUGUGCCACUUGUGCGUGGACUCGUUAAACGCCCAGCACGCGAUCGAGCGUUAUCAGGAGCAGUAUCCCGCUUUUCAAGAUUCUAGAGAAUACAAACUGGUUAAGACGUUGAUAGAGCAUUUGGAGGAACAGAAUCUAGAAGGUUACACAGAAGCGGUGAAGGAAUACGAUUCAAUUUCAAGAUUGGAUCAGUGGUACACGACAGUAUUGUUACGUAUAAAAAAGCAAAUUAAUGAUAAUCCGGAUUUACGCUGAUCAGUUGCGCUCUACUUGCGUUAUUUUCUGGCAACGAUAUUCCCAGACCAUGCGUAUUCGUUAUUGAGUCACACUCUAUUUUCAGUGGAAACUAUAAAGUAGUUUCAUUUUUAUAUUUAGAUGUAAUUGGCCCGUAUUAUCAUUGCUUCCUCGUGCAAUUUUUCUUAUUUACCUUAUUUACUACAUCUUUUUAAAUCGUUAGCGUAUCCAUGAAGUCACAUGGAGAAUCACGGUAUGCAAGAAUGUGAGAGACGAUUAUUUCGAACGUCGUAAUCCUCAUGAUUAUUUUUUAUUAAUUAAAUACACAGCCUUACUGUCAGAUAUUGGCGAGUAUUACACCGAGAAUGUCGUUGUUUUUUUGUUGUUGUAAAGUAAUAGAGCCUACGGUCUUUAUUUCUCUUACUUUGUGUACUUUGUAAAUCUCUUCCUUUCAAAAAUCGAUAUUCUUACUACAAAUUAACCAAGA